AUGAUUGUUAUUGAACAGAUACUACGAUACAUCGCAUGGCUAGAAUACCCUAGCUGGGUGUGGGCGAUUAUCCUAGCGUACUUUCUGAUCCCAUUUGUUUUCUAUUGGGUUCUUCCCUCGUUACACCAACGGCGAUACUACCAAAAGAAUGCCAAUGAUGACGCCUCCAACAAACGCCAUCAGGUCCUAGUGAUAGUGCUUGGUGACUUAGGUCAUUCUCCUAGAAUGUUAUACCAUGUCAAGAGCCUCGUCCAACAGAAACAGUAUAAAGUGCAGUUGUUUGGAUACUUGCAGUCUACUCUCCCGCAAUUCAUCGUUGAGGGGGUAGAUAAUGGUGAUAUUGUUAUUAAUGAGAUCUCUAAUGGUCCAGAAUCAAGAAGAGGUAUCUUGGGAAUGGUUACGAAAGUUGUGAGGCAACACUGGGUUUUGUUUCGCUUGUUAUUCGCCAAGUCGGUGAAAAACUCCAAGUUUGUUAUUAUCCAAAACCCUCCAAUAUUGCCAAUUUUACACGUGGUAAUAGUUUGGAAAUGGUUGUAUUCACCAAUGACAAAAAUUGUUAUUGAUUGGCAUAAUUUAAAUUACUCAAUCCUACAACUAAAGUUUGGUGGCGACAACCCAGGAAAAAUUAAAAGUUUCCUCGUCCAAGUGAUGAAGUUUUAUGAAUUCCAAUUGAGUAAAUUUGCCCGUUACAACUUGACAGUAUCGGCAAACAUGAAAGAUUAUCUUAUUAAUGCAAUAUACCCUGGGGCGUCUUCUAUUGAAAAAACCGUGAUUUCACGCAAGUUUAUUGUCUUGCGUGAUAGACCAGCCGAUCAAUUCAAAGUGUUGGAUACUCAAGAACAAAGAAUCACCAUAAUGUCCAAGGAAUUCCAGCGUAUUUUCUAUGAUAAUAUGGCGUUGCAAGAUUUUGAUUUUACUAAGGAUGAUAAAAUAAUCGUUAGCAGUACGUCAUUCACAAAAGAUGAAGAUUUCAAUAUCCUUCUCGAUGCCAUGAAGAAGUAUGAUCAGCUCAUGCAAUCACAACCAGAGAACUAUAAUCUGAAGAUCUUUUUACUAGUGACAGGGAAAGGACCAGAAAAACCCCAGUUUCUUAGCAAGAUCGCCUCCCUUGAAUUUUCUCAAAACAUCGUCAUUCAGAACCAUUGGUUUACCGCAGCAGAGUAUCCAAAGGUCAUAUCUCUUGCGGAUCUCGCAAUCUCUUUACACUUGUCGUCUCUGGGAAUUGACCUUCCUAUGAAAAUCCUCGAUUUCUUCGGAUGUGGGAUCCCAACCAUCAGUGUGAAGUUUGCCACCAUUGGGGAAUUGGUGAAGGAUGGGGUCAAUGGGUAUGUUUUGGACAAUAAUACUGAUGAUGAAUUGUGCUCGAUGAUCUGUAAAACAUUGACCAAUGAAAAAAUCUACCAAAAGAUAAAGAAUGGCGCCAUUGAGGAGAGUAAACAUAGAUGGGACGAUAAUUGGAAGACUGUUUUGAAUGAUAUAGUAUAA